AUUGUAUGACGUUGCGGCUACUGCUGCCGCUAAACACGUUCGACAAUUAGGUGAAUAUAAUGUUCACUUGUGGAUGAAUGAUUAGGGUUUAGUUACCUUUGUUUUGCAUGCGUGUAGACUGAUGUACAAGUGGCAAAAGAAGUAAGUGCAAGCGGACGGUGUCAUGUUUGACUUGUGGAUGGUUAGCGACUUUGCAUGCAUGGUUCAAUGACCGUGGAAUCUGUAUUGUGAGGUUCAGGCUACUGUCAGAGUCACCACUGGACGCUACCAUGGCAAUAACAACAGGCUCUCAGCUGCCACGCUAUAGCACUUACCGUCCCUCUAUAUAUGUCCACGUCCAUGGUGUUAUUUACCUACACUUAGAGAGAGAAGCUGGACUCCUGCUGGAGGAGGAAGGAUGGGUGGUAGGGGAGGAGGGUGCUGCCGAAGGAGAUCCUCCGAUGGUGCGUACAAUAAGUCGCUAAUCAAUCGUGUACUGCUCCAAUUCCGGCCGAUUGCACCCAAGCCUGCCGGAAACAAUUCUGUCACCGGUGGGAAAACGCCGGAGAGACAAAACAUAGUGGUCAACGACAGAAGGGUCAAGAGAAGGUACACUAUGGCACGAAAAAAGAGACAAUAUAACAGAAAAAAAUCAUCACCUGCAGAAGAAUUGGAAUGCGAAGAUGGGUCGCAGAAAAGUGUUGUGACUCUGCAACUGUUUCCGAACAGAUCAAACGAUAAGGGAUUGUUGGAAAGACGAUCAUCAGAGUGCACUAUUGAUCGCAAACCGCCUAAUUUGAUGGAAUCCAGUGAUCUUCUUGUUCUGGAUAAAGAAAAAACCGCUUCUUUUAGCUUUUAUGUGACGCCGGUGGUGCAGAGGAAGAAGGUGGCGGUUGAAACGUUGGUGAUGAUGGAAUGCAUAACAGAAACAAUUUCCAUAAAUGGAGUAGGGUUAGAGUUAGGGUUAAUUUCAGACAUGGAUAGAGUGAAGAAGUUAGAGGUUGACAAGAAUCCAGGUUUUGUAUCGGACGUUUGGAACAGAGUGCAGUGGGUGAAUGAGGCGUACAAGAUGAUGGUGAGCCAAGAAGAAAAUGAAGUGAGUAGUCCACAGACUCCACAGGAAUUGAAGGUGUGGUUGGUGAUGAAACAAGAUCAGCAUCACCUGCCCUAUUAUUUGUACCCUGCUGCGUUCUCAUGCAGGGUAAAACUACGGUACACGUGGCAUGACCAGAGACGUUCAAGCACAGUGCCAUGCGACGUGUGGAGGAUGGACUUUGGAGGAUUUGCAUGGAAACUCGACCUUCAGGCUGCUCUCAGUUUGGGUCUUUCCACAGAAAUCAAACUUUGAAGAUUGAAGAUAGUGAGUAAUACUCGCAGUCCAGAGGACAAAGAGAUCAAUCCCGUCAACAGCCAUCAUCGUCAAGAGACGUAUCUCCAGUAAGCUGAAAAUAGACUAUUGACCUACCAAGAAAUUUCAUAACUAGAAUGGCUUAUACCUUUGAAGUUGUUACUCAAUUGAAGGGUUGAACAUGUACAUAAAGCAUUAAGGUGCUUGAACUAUUGAGCAGUCAGACCAACAUAUGAAUGUGUUGGAGAGACUGUAAAAGAUUGUAAUGACCUAAUGACAACAAAUAUGGGUAAGCUAUUCAUUUUCUUUCCUCCUAACCAAAAACGAACAACGAUCCGGCCAGUCUAUUAGCUCCGUUUGAUCAGAGCAUAGCUUCUCAGACUGGACUUUUUUGGUCCCAUUCUGUAGAUUUUAUUAAGGUUUCAAUCGACAUUUGAUG